AUGGCAGCGUCCACCCAGACCUGGAUUCCCAAGAUCAUUAAAAAACGGCAGUGCACCACUUUUGUUGAAGACACGCUCAGUAAUGGAGCGCUGUGUCAGUGUGGUAGUAGUAGAGAAGCGCACGACUCCGUGGCAACGGGAGACUACGUUGGAGCCGAGAUUGUCACGCAGUGGGACAGCAGGCAGCACUCCUCAGAGAGCCCCACCGAUGCUUUUGGAGAACUGGAGUUUGCUGGGGCUGGACGAAGACACAGCCACUUCCUGCGGCUUUCCUGCGACACGCCCCCACAGACUGUUUACAAUUUGAUGACUACUCACUGGUGCCUGCCCUCGCCCAACUUGGUGAUUUCAAUAGUGGGUGGCGAAGGGGAGGAGAACAUUAAACCGUGGGUGAAGGACAUCCUGAGAAAUGGACUGGUCCGAGCCGCACAAAGCACCGGGGCCUGGAUCUUGACGGGGGGUCUGAGAGAGGGUGUUUCUCGAUGUGUGGGUGAGGCUAUAAGGGCACUUGGAGUGGCAGCUCUAGGCCUGUCCCAGAAAAAAGUCAUAUCGGUUGGAUUAGCCCCCUGGGGCCUAGUGCUCAACAGGAAGCAGCUUGUCAAUUCCGAGGGGAGUUUUCCUGCUCGUUACUACGUCCAGAAUAUAUCGCGCGAUUCAUGCUGCUUAGACAACAACUGUCAAGUUUUCCUCCUGGUGGAUGAUGGAACUGUUGGCCGGCGUGGAGGAGAGACAGAAUUUCGAGCUAAUCUGGAGGACUACAUCUCACAUCAGCCUACAGGCAUUUGGGGAAGUGGCACUAUUGAGAUCCCAGUACUUUGCAUGCUAAUUGGAGGUGAUGCCAGAGUGCUGGAGAGAUUGGAUACGUCUCUGAAAAAGGCAAUGCCCUGGUUGGUCCUCGCUGGUUCCGGACCAGCCGCAGAUCUUAUCACAGAGCUGCUGGACAAACCUUCCGCUGUGGUCCUCAGUCCAUCGUCCCCAGAGGGGGAGGCUCACGAGAGUCAAAGAACAGAGGCUUGUGAAAGGGUCCGCGAGCAGGUCCGGAAAUACUUCCCAGCUGAGACUGAGCUGGACAGAGUUGUGGACAAUGUACUGAGCAUUUGUCAGAACAGAGAGCUUAUCACUGUUUUUCAUGAAGAAUUGGAGGGUUCCGAAGACUUUGACACAGUUAUCCUCAGAUCUCUUGUUAGAGCUAGUAAACGUGUAUCAAGUAAAGCCAGUGAGUACACGGAGGAGCUUCAACUGGCUGUGGCCUGGAACCGUGUGGACAUUGCCAGAGCUGAGCUUUUUAAUGGAGACAUACAGUGGAAGUACGAGGACCUUGAGGCGUCGAUGACCGACGCGCUGAUCAACGACAAGCCCCAGUUUGUGCGUCUCUUCUGUGAGAAUGGCCUCAACAUCAUCGACUACCUGACGUACGGGCGUCUGGAGCGGCUGUACCACUCGCUGUCGGACAGCUCGCUGGCCUACGUGCUUCUGCAGAGACGGCUGGGCGAGCGGCGAGGCCUGGCUGAGUCCCAGGCCAUGAUGGAUGGACCGCUGACCGGGUCCACGGGCAGUCCUCAGAGCCCACUAGCCGCACCCGCCACGCCGAUGGACCUCAGUCUUUAUGAGGUCUCCAGACUGAUAUGGGACCUCUUGGGCGACGUCUGCCAUCCUUUCUACUUUGGACCUCUGGGCCUGGAACACAACAUUAACACUUGGAGAGCUCAAAGGCAAGUGAGUAAGCUGCUGCAGGGGGACUGUGCGUACCGGGGGCACAGGUGUCCGUCCCCCUGGAGGGCGCUCUUCAUCUGGGCCGUGCUGCAGAACCGCAGGGACAUGGCCGUUUACUUUUGGGAGAUGGCCGGGGAGUCGGUGCUGAGCGCUCUGGGGGGCUGUAAGAUACUGAGGGAGCUUUCAAAGCUGGAAAUUGAAACCGAGAGCAAGUUGGCCAUGAAAGAACUGGCCCAGCUGUUUGAGAACCUGGCGCUAGAUGUGUUUGGCGAGUGUUACCAGAGUUGCGAAAGCCGCUCCUUCACUCUCCUCAUCAAAAAGUCUUCAGUGUGGGGCGGAGCCACCUGUCUGCAGAUGGCCACCGCAGCCGACGCCCGCCUGUUCUUCAGCCAUGAUGGUGUUCAGUCCCUUCUGUCUCAGAUUUGGUGGGGUGACAUGGAGAGGGGCACAGAGGUCUGGAAGCUGAUUCUUACCUUUUUCCUGCCACCUCUUCUCUACACUAAAUUCAUCAGCUUCAGGGAACAAGAGGAGGUGAAUUCUACAGCAGUCAUUUACAAAGGAGAAACUGACAGUUUGGAUGGGGACGGCACUGUUGUCUCUCUUGCUGACAUUACACAAAGCGAGGAAGAAAGAGAGCAACUCAGGCCUCUCAGAGAGAACCUCGAGGGCUCUUCUCCAGCCAAGAGGAAGUGGCCUUUUAUUGUGACGAGGUGGCGACAGUUCUGGUUCGCCCCUGUGACCUCGUUCCUCGGCAAUGUGCUGAUGUACUUCCUCUUCCUUUGCCUAUUUGCCUAUGUUCUUCUGGUGGACUUCAAACCUCCCACCGCUGCUGGCCCGAGCCAUCUGGAGUUUGUUCUGUACUUUUGGGUCUUCACGUUAGUCUGUGAAGAGAUUCGUCAGACCUUCUUUGUGGGAAGUUUAUUUGUGUUCCAGAGAAUGAGAAACUACAUUCAGGAUGUAUGGAACAAGUGUGAUCUCACAGCCAUGACACUCUUCAUUUUGGGUCUGUGUUGCAGAAUGUUUUCCUGGUCGUACAACUUUGGCCGAGCCGUGUUGGCCAUAGAUUUUAUGGUCUUCACCCUGCGUCUGAUCCACAUUUUUGCCAUCCACAAACAGCUUGGGCCCAAGAUCAUCAUUGUCGGCAAAAUGGUGAAAGACGUUUUCUUCUUCCUCUUCUUUCUGGCUGUGUGGCUCAUGGCCUACGGAGUUGCUAAUCAGGCCCUUCUCUACUCGUAUGAUCCCCGUCCCAAAUGGAUAUUCCGACGAGUGUUCUACAGACCAUACCUGCACAUUUUUGGGCAGAUAGCUAUAAAUGAAUUGGAUACUGAUAAACUGGGCGACGUAAACUGCACAGACGAUGCCACAGAAAUUGAAAAUGGAGCAGAACCCUGCGUGAGCACCUACGCAAACUGGCUGGUCGCCGUCCUUCUUGUUAUCUACCUGCUGUUCACCAACAUCGUCCACACAUUCUCCAAAGUACAGGAGCGCUCGGACACCUACUGGAAGUUCCAACGUUACAAUCUGGUUGUGGAGUACCACUCGAGGCCCUGCCUAGCACCUCCCUUCAUAAUCAUCUCCCAUCUCAAACUUUUUAUCAAGAGAAACAUCUGUCGAAUUUCCUCCGUCAAAAGUCAACACUUUGCCCUAGAUCUCAGAGGAAGGAAUGCCAGUCAGCUUAAUACAUGGGAAGCCAUCCAAAAAGAAAACGUCCUGUCAGCGCAGAAUAAGCGACAGAGGGAGAGUGACACCGCACGACUACAGCGCACAUCCACUAAGGUGGACACUGUUCUAAAGCAGAUGGCAGAAAUCCGCGACCACGACCGAAGGCUGCAGUUGGUUGAGACACAGCUGGAGUACUGCUGCAGUGCCCUCUCCUGGAUGACCGAGGCGCUUUCUCAAAGCCAUCUGAUCAAAGCCAGCCGGCCCUCUCCUACUCUAAAAGAUCGUGCUUCGCCGUGUCCGAGUUGACGCGCCGACCUCCAGGAUCACACAUCCUUAAGCAUAUCUCAAUCCAAAUACAGUCAAAUGUGAAGAAAUGUGGAAUUCAUGUCUUUGCAGGAGAAUACAUGGAGACAAAGCAAAUUGUUAGAUAUUCUACCAAUAUUCUGCUUUGGUUUCAUUUACAUUGUAUGUUGUUUUAGACUUUUUUUUUAUAUGAAAGCUACAUUUAAUUUGUAAUUCAUUGUAAUCCAUCACACAGCAUUGCAUGGACUAUUACAUUUCCUAUUCUGGUGGCUGAAACU